AUGACUUCAGAGCUCGAGAGCAGCCUCACCUCCAUGGACUGGCUUCCCCAGCUGACGGUGAGGGCUGCCAUUCAGAAUACGGACUCCUCCCAGGGCACCCAUGGAUCCAGCAUCACCAAGAAGAGCGCACUUAUCGACCCCAACACCACACUGGACCAGGAGGAAGUACAGCAGCACAAAGACGGGAAGCCGCCCUACAGCUACGCCAGCCUCAUCACGUUUGCAAUCAACAGCUCGCCAAAAAAGAAAAUGACUCUUAGUGAGAUUUACCAAUGGAUAUGUGACAAUUUCCCCUAUUACAAGGAGGCUGGCAGCGGUUGGAAGAAUUCUAUACGACACAACCUGUCACUGAACAAGUGCUUUCUGAAAGUGCCUCGAUCCAAGGACGACCCUGGAAAGGGUUCCUAUUGGGCAAUAGACACAAAUCCAAAGGAGGAUGCGCUACCAGCUCGGCCAAAGAAGAGGCCGCGAUCUGGAGAGCGGGCCUCAACACCUUACAGCAUCGAUUCAGAUUCCUUGGGUAUGGAUUGUAUCAUCUCUGGAAGUGCCUCUCCGAACAUGGCUAUCAACACUGUGACUAACAAAGUAACUUUAUACGGUAACACGAGUCAGGAUGGCAAUGACAGUCCUCGAAGUAGCCUUAACAACAGCCUCUCGGAUCAGAGUGUGUCAUCCUUAAACUUGAACAGUGUUGGCAGUGUGCACAGCUAUACACCGGUAACAAGCCAUCCAGAGCCAUCUGCUGCGUCAUUAACGCAGCAGUCUCAGUACAGCACACCAGAGCGAGAAAAGCUUUUCCCAGAGUAUAACUUUGAAGAUCUCAGCGAUUCAUUUCGAAGCCUGUACAAGAAUGUAUUUGCUCAAUCGGCAAGCCAAGGAAUGCUGAAUCUCCAGUCUGAGUCCUCCCAGCAGACACACUCGCCCUGUUCCUAUCAGCACUCCCCUAGUAGCACAAUGAGCUCUCAGCAACAUGGUAGCCAAAGUAACCUGACUAUUAGCCAUGCCAGUAGUCUUGGCAGCACCGUAGGUGACUCCUUGGGGCAAGUUCACAUGUCUCACACUCCACUACACAGUCAGCAGUCCCAACAGUCUCCACAUAUACACCACACUGUACACCAACCUCAGCAUCCUCAGCAUCGAGCCCCCCAUCCUGCACAGCACCCUGCCACCCAUCCGGCACAGCAUCAAGCCCAGCACCCUGCCUCUCAUCCGGCACAGCAUCAACAUAUACAGCACCACUCCAACCAUCAGCACCAGGCGCUCACACAUCAGACCUCGCUAACACAGCAGCCCUACAAUUCAGACUGGUACUCGACUUUAGACAUGCUGAAAGAAAGCUGCCGGAUUGCCAGCAGUGCCAACUGGUCUGAUGUCGAUCUCACUCAGUUCCAAGGUUUGAUGGAAAGCAUGAGACAAGCAGACAUGAAGAAUUGGUCACUCGAUCAGGUUCAGUUGGCGGACUUGUGCUCCUCCCUCAGCGAGUUCUUCAAUCACACCGGCUUCAUCCAUCCGCAGAGCAACGUACAGUCGCCUGUGUGCCAUGGUAGCAUGCACAGUUCCAAACCCUCACAGCACCUCAGCACAGGUAACUUAUAUCUUGACUCCAGACAAAAUGUUCCUACAUCAAUGAUGGGACCUCCGAAUUACACUCAUUUACCGCCAAUGAGCACUACAGGACCUGGUUUAACAGGACACCACGGAGUAAUGAGUCAAGCUCACAUCAUGCCCUCCAACUUCCACAUGCGUCGCCCUCUUCCUGCGGAUGACAUUCAAGACGACUUUGACUGGGACUCUAUUGUAUAGCACUCUUACAAUGCAGUAGUUCUCUCGUCUCGUUACGCCGUUGUUCUUUGUGUAAGUGACCACGAAUGUGAUGCGGGGGAAAAAAAAUAAAAAUUUAAGGUAAAGCUCUCUGAGUGAGGAAAGCAAAAGAAAACGACAAAAAAUAAACUGCUAACCAUGUUGACUUUGAUGACAAUCAAAACUAUACUUAGCAGGAUAAGUGAAACAGAUGCUUUGAGUUGACCCUGUAAAUCAUGUUUUUGUCUCCCUGAUAAGCUGCAGCCGCUCACUGUUGUCUUGUGACUCUUGACAGCUUUUUUUUCGGCUUUUUGUGUUACCUGAUGUCGACCGCAAAGUGCAACACUGACCCCUGGACAGA